AUGGGAGACCUUUUUUCCUUAUUUUGGGAGGCAGAUCCUCCUUCCAAACCUUUAAUUCUUCCCAUUCCAAAUGAGGAUUAUGAAUGCCGGAAAGAUGACUCUUGUGGGACAAUCGGGAGCUUUCUGCUUUGGUAUUUUGUCACUAUCUUGAUCCUGAUGGUUUUCUCUAGGACUUCUGUCUGGAUGGUUGAGAAAAUCAAAAAAGAUGACGACAGUGGGACGAGUACUUCAGUAAGCAAAGCAAGCAAAGAUGCUUCCUAUAAGCAGCACAGCAAAGAUGCUAUCUGGGACUCUUUGAAAAGGCUUAAGAAAGCAAACCAUAUCCAACUGACCCCUGUAACUGAGUCAGAAGUGGCUUUGGUCAGCGCUUAUCUAGAACGAAGACGAGCCAGGCGCCAUUCUCAACGCAACCAGAGGGAUCAGAUCCCACCUGACAGUGAUUCUACUGAGUGUGACACUGAAGAAUCUAACUCGAGACCCUCCUCAUGGAAAGAAAGUGCCAGCGAACACCAGCCAUCACCAGCCACUAUCAAGAGGAGGAAAAUACCACAGAGACAAAAGAAUCUGGGAAGUUACCAAAUCAGGGAGAGACCCUGCCUCCACUGCAAAGCCAUGAGAACCAAUGAGUGGCUGACACGCCAUUUCUUUCAAAACACUUCCGUAAUAAACACAAAUAAGGGAGAGAUUCAAGAGGAAAAUUCUAUGCUUGACAUUAAUACAGAAUUCAGUAAAUUUUGA